CCAGCCGAGCCGAGCCGGGUCGGGCGGGGAGGCGGCGGCGGCGGCGUCGGCAGCCUGCGCUGCCCUGGGCGCGACAUGUCCCACCAGACCGGUAUCCAAGCUAGUGGAAGUGUUAAAGACACCUUUGUUGGAGCCAGGAAUGGACAAUACAGGCUUUUAAAAAUAGUCAUUGACAAUGAGCAGCUUGUUGUGGGAUCCUCUAGGCAGCCAGUUGGAUCAUGGGAAAAGGAUUAUGAUUCCUUUGUCCUUCCCCUUCUUGAAGACAAGCAACCAUGUUAUAUAUUAUACAGACUAGAUUCUCAGAAUGCUCAAGGAUAUGAAUGGAUCUUCAUUGCGUGGUCCCCUGAUCACUCUCCUGUUCGUCAAAAAAUGUUGUAUGCAGCAACACGAGCUACACUUAAGAAAGAAUUUGGAGGUGGUCAUAUUAAGGAUGAAGUAUUUGGAACGGUACAGGAUGAUGUUUCACUGAAUGGAUAUAAAAAAUAUUUGAUAUCACAGUCCUCCCCUGCACCUCUGACUGCAGCAGAAGAGGAACUUCGACAAAUUAAGAUUAAUGAGGUACAGACGGACAUUGGCGUAGAUACCAAGCAUCAAACAUUGCAAGGAGUAGCAUUCCCCAUUGCUAAAGAAGCUAUUCAGGCUUUGGAGAAAUUGAAAAAUAAGAAACUCAAUUAUGUACAACUGCAAAUUGAUAUGAAAAACGAAACUAUUAUUUUGGCCAACACACUUCAUACUGAACUUAAGGACUUGCCAAAAAGAAUUCCAAAGGAUGCUGCGCGUUACCACUUUUUCCUGUAUAAGCAUGCCCAUGAAGGAGACUAUUUGGAAUCCAUAGUUUUCAUCUACUCUAUGCCAGGGUAUACCUGUAGUAUACGAGAACGAAUGCUCUACUCUAGUUGCAAAAGUCCACUGUUAGAAAUUGUAGAAAGACAGUUGUGGAUGCAGAUAAUUAGAAAGAUUGAAAUAGAUAAUGGUGAUGAGUUAACUGCUGACUUUCUUUAUGAAGAGGUUCAUCCAAAACAACAUGCUCACAAACAAAGUUUUGCUAAACCAAAAGGUCCCGCAGGGAAGAGAGGAAUACGAAGACUGAUUAGAGGUCCAGCAGAGACUGAAACACCUACUGAUUAGAAACUGUUGUUUGCAUUUGUUAUAAAGUAUUACAGUAAGAAAUGAAAUUCUGGCUUUUGGUAAUGAACUGAAAUCAUUCCAUUCAUAGAUGCUAGGGAAAAAAAAAGGCUGUUUUUACUCUUCUCUCUUCUGACCUCAACACUUCUUAUAUUGUUACAGGAUUGUAUUUGUUGACUGUGUUUUAUGACAUGUGGAAGAGCUAAUUAUUUCAAAGCUAGAAGAGGAAAACUAAGCUAGUACCCCUUUAUUUUAAAUUAGAAUCCAUUAUUUAAUAGCUGUACAUGUGACCAUAAACUUUGCAGACUAAGAUUAUUAAGCCCAUAUAUUCUGUGGGUAAGUUGCAGCUGUAUGCCUAGAUAACAAACCUGUAUUCUUAUGAGUAGCCUAUUGAAACCCAUAAGGCUUUCCAUGUGGGAAGAGCUGAAGGACUAUGUAGCAUUGUCCCAGAUAAAUCCUUAUUUUUCCUUGUGGCUGCGAUGGACAAUAGUACAAUAGAAGGUUUUCUUCUGAUUUUGACAUGAUGUAUUGUUGGGUUUUGUUGUUUUGUUUGGCUUUUUUGUAAUAGAAAAGAUAAACUAAAAUCAGUUAUCCAUCAAUUAAUGUAAGCGUUCAGGAAUAGCUGGGUGUUUUCCCACGCAAAAGCAUAGUAAUUUAAAAUUUAUAACUAAUUUCGUGGAAUUGUCUUUUAAAGAAAUCUGACAUAAAACCACUACAGCUUUCCCAGACUUCUAUACCACUCGUAAGCCUUGCAUAGUAAGUACUGAAUGACCAAGUAAAAGGUGAUUAAAAGUGCAUGAGUUAGUAUACACAGUAGAUUAUGGAGCUGCUUUCAAAGCAAUAUGCUUAAAGGUUCUAAUAAAUAAUUGAUUAUCUGUGCGCUUGGAUCUAAAGCUGUGCAAGUUCAGUCAAAAUUGAAUAGAUUUGCAUCAUAAUGGUGAGUUAUUCUUGAGAUCCUAGUGUGUUUGCAGUAUCAACUGCAAUUUUAACUUUCAAAGUAUUCUGAAAAUGACUUUUCCUAAAUGUUUGAACUUUAAUAGUAACUUAAAUCUGUAACAAAAUCCAACUAGCUUUGGAAUAACUGCUGGCAGCACCUGGUUAGGAUUUUGUCUUCCCCCCUUCCCCAGAAGUACUAAAAUCACCUAGAAUAGUCUAAACUUGAUUAAACCAUCAGUAAUGUGUUUAAUAGAAAGAGAAAAAAUAGAUUAUUUUAAUAAAUGGAUUAAAGAAGAAUUAGAUGUGGAAGUCAAGUAUUGGAUGACCUUAAAUAUUUAAAAUUGUGUAAUGAGGCAAAUACUAGUGGAUAGAUUAUAUGCCCCAGAGGGGACUUGCUUUUUAGUGUCUUGUAUGUGAGUUUUGUGGGGUUUGGGUUUUUUUGUUUUGUUGGGGUUUUUUUGUUUGUUUGUUUGUUUUUCUUAAAGCUACAUGGGAGUUGCAAGUCUUGGUUCACUGCAUAUUAUCAUAGGUGCUGGGUGUACACAUUAUAUAGCUGAAUCGCGUGUUUACCUGGUAGAAGAUAGAUUUUUUUAACCUAGUUUUGUAGGGAAGUAAUGCUUUGACACUACUAGUUCCUGAUAAAAUUUGUUUUGUAUAUUAUUUUGUUUGGAGAUACUAGCUUGUUAUCGAUGUUUGAGAUUGCACUAUAUAAUGUGAAGAUUGCAAUAGUUGUUGGUUUUACUGUGGGUUUUUAGAUGCAGUAGAAAUUUGACACCUCAGCUUGUUUCAUUUAAUCUUAUACACUACAUCAAUCCAAUUCAACAGCUCCUGAUCCUCGGCUCAUGUCCUGCUUGCCCUUAGCUACUGUGUUCUUUUUCUGCCUCUUGCCUUCUCCCCCCAGGGCAAGGCGCUGGUCUUGAAGCCUUUCUUCUAUAUACUACCUGGCAGGCAAGCGUCAGGUCAGUGCUUUUUAAACAUGGUUAAUGUGUGUGCGCAGCUCAUUGUAUGCUGUAAUUAAAUGUAUUUUUAGUUGAAUUCUGAAUCUUUUCAGCACACCUAAUUCACUUCGGGUUUUUUGUUUUGGUUUGGUUUUUUUUAAGGAAAACCUUUGAGUGUGGCAGUUAAAAAUUGCUGCUAGAGGUUUUUUUGUUUGAAUUUAGUAUUCCUGCCCAUGUGUCAGCCAUACCAAGAGUGCACAUACAUUUUUACACUUACUUGAGCCAGUAAAACUCAACUUUUUAAUACCAAAUGUUUUAAAUAAUAAACAGUUUGAUACGGUUCUGUGCAUGCUGUGUUUUGGUUGGUGGUUUUUUUUUUUUUUUUUCCUAAUCCUGCCCUAGGUAGAUGAGGAUAGGAGGUAGAAACCUUAAUCUGGAGGAUGGCUAGAGCUGGUUAAGUGAUUAUGCGAGGGCGUUGAUAACGAGCUGCUUUAGCGUUCGGUCCAAACCUGACAUUGUAAGUUACCUUACUUGAAAAUACUCUGUGUGGGUGUACAAACCCCUGAGCAGCCAGGGGUUUGUACAGCGCUGUGUCCCGAGCGUAUUUCCCCCUCGCCUUUCCUCUAAAAGAGAAUGGUAUGAAGUCUUGCACUGCCCACUGCCUCUCCAGGCCUCUCGUAGGUAUUCUCCUGACAAAGCAAUAAGAACCAUCUGAUCUUUUUGCAAGAUCUAUCACGUUUACAUCUGCAUAGUGGCCUCACGUAACACUACUACCGUUAAUGAAUGUUCAGAGCCAGCACAAAAUGAGGGCAUUAGUGGAAGUUAUUCCUUUAACUGUCUCUGGUCAUUUAAUAAUUGAAAGUGUCCGUUCAAAUUGUUGUUGGCCUUCAUAAAGCCCAAAAGCAAUGCAGCUGCUUGCAGUUAACUCACAAGCUAUUAAAUAGUUAAUUAACAUGACAGGUAAUUAUUUUUGAACUGUUUAUGUUGCAAGGUAGGGAGAAUUAGAUCUUUUAAAACACUCCUAUCAGAAGUUUGUAAAACUAAUCAAGGUAAUAAUUGCUCUAUUACUUGGAUAAACUCUUUGAUAAAGGAAACUUUUGAUUUACAGUGUCUAUGCAUUCAAUGAAAACCACCUUCAGAUGCUAAAAUUAACUAAGUUUAUCUAUUUUGUAAUUUGCUUUAUAAAUAAAGAUUGAUGCUUUA